AUGCCGAGUCGAGUGAUCAUCUUCUUCCUCUGUAUCUCAUCUCUUCUGUUUUUUUCUCUCUUCUUCACUCCAUCACACGCCAAAACUCCGGCAUCCUCCGACAAUGAUGAAUUCCUCAGCUUCCUCGAAGACUACGACGAUUCAACCGAGCCUGAUAUCCCGAAUCAUGAUCGUCCUGAGGUCCCUUCGGCGCCAUUUGAUCGUGCCCAAGAGGCAGAGGAUAUUAAUAUUGAUGAUGAGGACGUUGUAGCAUUGACUGAUAGGAAUUUGGAUGAUUUUUUGGAGGAUAAUAAGUAUGUGAUGGUGGAAUUUUAUACUCCCUGGAAUGGACAUUGUAAGGCUCUGGCUCCGGAAUAUGCGGAUGCUGCAACAGAGCUGAAAACAGAGAAUGUAGUGCUGGCGAAGAUCAAUGCUGCUAAGGAGGUUGAGGCGGCUGAUAACUACGAUGUCCGAAGCUUUCCUACCAUUUUUUUCUUCGUUGAUGGCGACCCUGAACUUUACCAAGGCCGAAUAACCAAAAAUGCAAUUAUCUCUUGGAUAAAGAAGAAGAUAGGAUCCAGCGUUUACAAUAUAACAACAACAGAGGAUGCAGAGCGUGUACUAACCUCCGAGGACAAAGUUGUUCUAGCAUACCUCGACUCCUUGGUGGGUUCCGCGACUGAUCAACUUUCAGCUGUUUCAAAACUUGAAAUUGAUGUUAACUUUUACCAGACGACAAAUCCUAACGUGGCUAAGCUAUUCAACAUAGAAGACAAUGCUAAACGCCCUGUUUUGGUCAUGAUUAAAAAGGAGCCAGAGAAAGUGGUGCAUUAUGAUGGUAAAUUCAGAAAAUCUUCAAUAGCUAAGUUUGUUUCUGCCAGCAAGCUGCCUUUAGUGACAACUUUUACUAAAGAAACUGCCCCUUUAAUUUUCGCAAGUCCAAUUAAAAAGCAGGUUUUGCUUUUCGCCACAGCAAAUGAUAUAGAAAAGUUGUUCCCAACAUUUCAAGAUGCUGCAAAACUUUUCAAGGGAAAGCUCAACUUUGUUUUUGUCAAAACGGACGAUGAGGAAGUUGGAAGACCAGUAUCAAAUUAUUUUGGGGUCACUGGAGAUGCUCCACAGGUUAUUGGAUACAUAGAAGAAGAUGAUCGCAAGAAAUUUAGAUUUGACGGGGACAUUACACUCGAGAAGAUUAAGGCAUUUAAUGAUGACUUUCUCGAAGACAAGCUCAAGCCUUUCUAUAAAUCAGAUCCGAUUCCUGAGACAAAUGAUGCUGAUGUGAAAAUCGUGGUCGGGAACAAUUUUGAUGAAAUCAUUCUAAAUGAAUCAAAAGACGCGUUUCUUGAGAUCUAUGCACCAUGGUGUAGGCAGUGCCAAGCUCUGGAACCAAUGUUCAAUAAACUAGCACACCACUUACAUGGCAUUGAGUCUCUUGUUAUAGCCAAAAUGGAAGGAACAAGAAACGAGCACCCUCGUGCUAAGUUUAUAGGAUUCCCGAGUCUCCAAUUCUUUCCAGCAGGAAAUAAGAGCAUUGAUCCAAUCCUGGUUGAUACUGAACCUACUCUAGUGGCAUUGUAUAAGUUUAUCAAGAAAAAUGCAGCUAUCCCUUUCAAGCUUGAGAGACCAGCUUCUUCUAAAGUAGGCGUCAAGAGGGAGAAUGGCAACGCAAGAGAUGAAUUAUGA